UAAAGUUAGAGCUAUGUAGAUCUUCAUCUGUUCUAUUUAGGUUUAUGGUUUUGAAAUUUACAAUUUUUGAGGGGAAAUAAAUGUAUUAAUUAUCGCAAACACAAAAUAAAAGACUACGGCUUCUGAGAUAUAUAAUCUUAGUUUAGUACAAUAGUAGGCCCUUUAACUUAACUUAAGUAAGUGGUAGUGAGACGUUACAGUACAGUAGCAUAUGAUUAGAAUUAGAAAUCCCAACCAGGAUGGUAAAAAAGAAUAGAAUACUAUAGCCUGGUUUUUCAGAAGUCUCCAUACGCUAACAGGGAUUGUAAUUUAUUUUGUUUAGGUUAAUGUUCGUAUAAGCAAAAUAGUCAUUCUUUAAAAUUGAAAAAAUGACUACUAAAGGUUCAGUACUAGUAGGUCUGGCAUUCGUAUUCGUUGGUUUAAUUCUCGUUCUUUCUGAUAGAUGGCCUGAGAAUGUUAAUGUUAUCGGCACCAAAACGAGAAAAGCUCAUAAAUUUGAUCAUCUUUUUCUUUUGUGGUUCAUCAAGCAAUUCUUACAACUUCUCCUGUUACCUCUGUGGUUUAUGAUUGAGAAAAACAUUCUUGGUUUUGGUGUCUUUAAACAUGGAGGACUGCCACAAAGAGUUCGUCGAGAUGUUCAGAUGAGAAAUGUCAAUGCCUUUCAAGAUGAAAACAAUGACAAUGCCCCAAACCAAGGAGAGGGAGAGAAUCAGGCUGCUGAGGAUGAACAGAAUCAGAAUGAUCAAGCACUCCUUCUUCAUAGGAAUCCACCAAGACAGCUUCGUUCUCCUUCAAAGCUUAUCUACUUCCCAGCUGCAUUUUUUGCACAGGCCAGUGUCCUGUUGCUGUAUUUUGGUUUAAAACUAACUUACGGAUCUAGUUUCAUCAUGCUAAAAGGGACUGUGGCUUUUUUUACUGCUCUGCUGGCCAUGGCAUUUUUGGCACAACAAUUAGCAUGCUAUGUAUGGUUUGGUGUUGUUGUCACCACUCUGGGAUUUGCAGUGUCUGGGAUUUCUGAUUACAUACAUGUGCCUAAUGGAGGGUAUGAAAAGUACGGGAUUGCGGCAGGUGAUCUUUUGAUUGUAAUGUCUCAGAUUAUGUUUGCCACAAAAAUCAUUUAUGAAGAAAAGUUCAUCAGGAAACAUUCCAUUCAUCCCAUGCUGUUCUUGGGCGCUGAAGCUACCUAUGGAUUUGUUUUCGCUGGCCUAUUUCUCAUUCUCUUCAACCUGUUGGACUUGGUCCAGUACAGCUAUUUACCCAACGGCAGAAUGGAGGACAUUGUGGAUGCAUGGAACCAGCUUCGUAACUCCUGGCAAUGUUCUUUAGCUUUCUCUGGUUCCAUUGUAUUCUACAUCCUGUAUACUUACCUUGGAAUGUUCUUGAUUCGGGACCAUGGAGCUCUGCCAAGAAUUAUGAUCGAAUCAAUUAUCUGGGCAUUGUACUGGGCAGUUUGUUUGGCCUUGGACUGGGAAACCUUUUUCAUUGCUCAGGUGCCGGGUCUUUGUAUUGUACCAAUUGGUGUCCUCAUCUAUUCCCACAUCCUGGUGAUACCAUUUGUCUCCUGUGGACAACGAGGAGAAAUGAGAGCACAAGACUUCAUUAGGCAAGAGAUAGAGGAGAACCAAGGUGAACCUGAGCAGGACAGAGACGGCAAUGGUCAUGCUGGUUACCAGGAACAAGAAGGGGCUGGAGAAAAUCACCCUGUGGCUGAAGAGGAUGUUCGUCUGCUUGAUCAUCAAGUUGAGAUCCAUGCAGCCAACGGAGAUGACCUUAUGAUUGAAGGAUGAUUGACCAAAAUGAAUGAAUGGUGAUUGUUUUUGUUUAAGAACAUAUAUAUAUACCUGUAUAUAUGCGUUGUUUUGACUUAUAGUGGGUGAAAAGGCUUCUGUCUAGUUAUAAAGAAGUCUAUCACUGUAUCUGUUGAAUAAGUUUUUGAAGUCAUAUAGUCUCAUUAAGAGUGUGCCAUGUAAACAAUAAGCAUACAUGUAGUGUACCAAGUUUUACUGCCAAUGUUAAAAUAAACCUUUGAUAAAAAAAAAACAAUGUUGAAUAGAAAGGUAGUUUUCAUCACAGGACUUUUAUAGUUGUAUAUUUAUCGAAUGGUCUCAAGCAGCUGUUGUCUCGGUUGUUUGUUUGUUGUUUUGUUUUAUUUUAUUACCAAGGCUAAAUUGUUUGUUUUUUUUUUUGCAACUUGUUCACUUGUUUUAUAAACUAAAAAUGAUAAAUGUAAAAUGUCCUGCGCCAUUUGUCUCCAAGUUGUUUCCAUUCAUGGUGUCCCUGUCAUGUUUUGAUUUCAUUCAGAGAUUUAUUUUAUACUGGCAGGUGCAAUCAGAAAUGAAAAUUUUUACAAAAAGAAGUAAUAUGCAGACAAAACAUUUUUACAAACAUUCCUUUGGGGGGGAGGGGGGUCCUAAAUAAUUGCAAUUGGCCCUUACAUUUCCCUCCCCCUGCAGAAAAAACAGAAAAAAAAACAUAUUAAUCUUUCUUUAAUGCUUUUUAUAAUAGAGGAAACAUAGUGAUGGAUGUUGACAGGAUUUACAAGUUGCUUAACUCGUUCUCUCCGUAACUACUUACCAUAUUCUGGUGGAAUCAACGUUGGUAUUGUCAGUUAGGAGAGAAAGAGUUAACACAUUUUGACUCAUUUUAUUUUCAUUUACUGAUGCACAGUCCAAAAAUAUCUGGCUUCAAGAUUUUAAAAGCUUAAAGUAUUGUCUUUGACGUUUAAAAGCCCUUCAGCCUAAUGAGUGCCCUGAGAAAUUUCUGUUCCCUCUUCCAGUCUACUACAGAUUUACCAAACAGUGCGAGUGGGUCACACCACAGUGAUAGUCAUCAAUGAAAUUGUUUAUCUAUGUUGGCAAUGGCUUCUUUAUUGUAACAUAGUCACAAGUACGCCUUAAUGUAUUUUUACUCAAUUUUUCUCAUUUUUGGAAUUAACAUUCUGACACUUUUACCUACAUGUAAGUUGUUUCAAUGAUUUUAUUUGUUAAUCUGUAGGGGGAAAAAAAAUAUAUUAUAUUUAAUCUUAUGCUACAGAAAUAAAAUUCUGAGAGAUAUUGUAGAUUAGACGAUGUCAAGUUCUGUGCCCAUUUUAUUCAAGGUUUUAAUUUGACAUAAAAGUUCUGUACAUCAACACAAGGAAUUGCUGAUUCAAUUCAUGUAAAAGCACAGCAUCAAUAUAUUUGGCUGGAUUUUUUAUAUGUACAUAUAAUGAUAAUAUAUCUAUAUAUGAUAUAUUUAUAUGUAUAGGGGUAUAAAGUAAAAGUACUUUUUAUUCCUAUAUUGAAUAAUAUUUUUAAUGAAAAUACUUGUGUAUUCUUAUAAAUUAAAAUAAAGAAUAUUCUAGUUUUUGUCAAUCUAGUUUAAAAUAACUUGAAAGCAAUUAGCUUUUGUUGGAUUGAAUUAUUUUUUUUAAGCUUGUACAUUUGUCUUUGUUUCUGCCAUCUAUUCAUCAGGAGACCAUGAACUGAUGUCUUAGAAGCUCCACAUUUUCAAUGGUAUAUUGAUGAAAAUAGGAAUUCAAAGUUGUCAUUGUUAAUAAUACAGAUCUGAAGAGAUUUUUGAAAGGGGAUUAUCAAAUACUUUGGCUGUUUAGUCUACAAUAGUCUCUUGGCACUGGCAAUGCCAUUAUACAUAUCAUAGUAUGAUUCACUCCUAAAAUCAGGUUAUCUGACAUAAGUUUGGAGAAUCGGGUCAACGUAAUUCAAAAGACAAAAAAAAAGGAAAAUUUUCCUUCAGAUGUCUUAUGGGGGACUUUAAAUAAAGCAAUAACAGAACACUUUUAUUAAGAUAGCAGGGCGUGGCCAAGUGGUUAAGCGCUUCCAAACCUGUGUCCUGGGUUCGAAUCUCUGUGAAGACUGGGAUUUUGAACUUCUGGAUUUUUAGGGGCCCCUGAGUGUACCCAAAUCUAAUGGGUGCCUGACUUAGUUGUGGGAAAGUAAAGGUAGUUGGUCACUUGACACCCUGCUGAUUAACCAUUGGCCUUAGAAAAAGAUGACUUUUAACAUCAUUUGCUCUAUAAACCGCAAGGUCUGGAAGGGGAAGUUUUACAAAUAUAGUUUUACAAUAGUAAGAAAUUCCUUAUGAACUUCAAUAUGUCUUAUUUAGUUCUUGUCUAUACAAGUUUAAUCAAACAAACUUAAUUCAAGCAUUCUGAUUUAUCAGCAAAGAAACAGCUCAGUAACUGUCAUCUUUUCCAGCUAGUUUCCUUUAAUAAUCUCUUUGAUUGUCAAUUAUCUAAUGCCUGAAAAUCUCAUAAAAUGUUUCCUAGCAAACUAAUAUUUGCAUAUAGAUAUAAAGUCUCCUGGUAUUUCCUAGCACUUAACAUAUGCCAGUCCCACAAAACCGAUAUGAAGAAAACAGAGAAUUUAUGGGUUUUAUUUGUAGAUUACUAGUCUAUGCUAAUAUCUUAUUAAAUUUCAAUCUAUAUGUUUUUGUUACAUAAUGUUUUAAACUUUGUGAUAAUGUAACAAAUCUUUUUUUGGUCAUUUUGUCCUCUCUAGCCACUUUGUGUAAAAUUAGACACCUUUCAUUUUUACCAAAUGGAUGGAUUUUUAAUCAAGUUAAUGGAAACCAAUAUUUCCACAGCUUAGGAACUGUUCCUGUUUUUUUUUCAACAAACAUUUUAAUAAACUUUGUUGCAGGAUAUUCAAGUACGUUUAAUGGCAAUUAAAAAAACUCCACUAUUCUAGCUCUAUUCACAGUUGUUAACUUCCUAGAAUGCAGCCAACAAAAUCAAUUAGUCUGAGCCCCCGUAGGUCAUGGACCAGUUGUUUUCAGAUUUAAAAAAUUUCUUUGCUAAUGAAAAACUCUCAAAUUGUCUUCUCCACUUUUCUAAAAGAAUUUUAUCUGGUCCCUGUAUUUUUUAAGUUUUAACUGUCAACAUAUUUGUCUGUGUAUAAUAUGAAAAAAAUAUAUAUACAAAAACUUUUUACUAUAUUUGUUUUAUGCAAAUGAGGCUUAUAACCUUUCAUGUGAAUAAUGUUUUUGGCUUGAUUUUAUUGCAUUUGUAUCUGUUGGCCUUCUUCUUCAUUUGUCAUUUUUAUUCAAACAUUCCAAAAUAAUUGAGGGGGGGGGGGUUGGGGGAAGCGGUGUAAGGAGUGGGUUAUUUUUUUUUUAAAUUCAAAGUAUAUGCUUGUUUUCAAUCUUUUUGAACAAAAUAUUUGUUAACAAAAUGAUGUCAAUAAAAAUGUCAUUUUCUAUUAAACAAAA